AGGUUGAUCGCGGCACCGGAAAACAACGCACUUUCUGCCGGGGAUUUGCGCACAUACCCCCCUUCGACUGACCCCUUCCACAUCCUUGAUUCAAAAAUAUAGACAAUUAAUCGCAAUUUCGGAAACCGAGAGCUGCCGAUCAAGAACAUGCCAGAACUUUAGUACUUGGCGAGGAUUCAGCGGUGAUGUACGUGUUUGAAGACUGAUCUUCAACUUGGUGGGAAAUUGUGCAAGUGGAAAAUUGGGUGAAAAUCAAUUUCAGCAGUUGAAAGCAUGCAGAGUGCAUUUGAAAAUGCAACCUUCGAGGUUGCUCAAAACUGGAACGAAAGUUCCAGUUCAUCGUACUUGCACGAAAAGUGGAAUGCUUUUCUCGAUGUAGUUGGUGACAACCCGGACCACGUGUACGUCUGGGGCCUCACAAUCUGGACAUACGGCUGGUUCUGGCUCAUCGGUGCCAUCUUCCUUCUUAUGGACCUAACCGGGUGGCCUGCCUUCAUGCGAAAGUACAAGAACCAACCCGGCACCAACGAACCUCCCGAGUGGGCCAAGCUAAAGCGCCUAGUGACACGAGUGGCCCUCAACCAGUUCGUGUACGGAGUUCCGUUCGCCUAUCUGACCUAUUACGUGCGCAAGAUGACCCUCGAAAUGCCCGACAUUCGGCAGCUGCCCACGAUCGACGUGUUCCUGCGGGACUUUGCGAUCUGUGUCGUGACCUGGGAAAUGGGCUUCUACUACAGCCAUCGCUUUCUGCAUGCCGGAUUCUGGUACAAGUACAUCCACAAGGUCCACCACGAGUGGUCCUCGCCGGUGGCAUGGUCCGUCAUGUACUGCCAUCCGUUGGAGUUUAUCCUGAGCGAUCAGAUCCCGAUCUUCAUCGGACCGGCCAUCUGCAAGAGUCAUCCGGUGACUAUUGCUGUUUGGUUUCUGUAUGUCGUGGUGGACACCGUUGUGGACCAUUCCGGCUAUCAUGUUCCGUUUUUCCUCUACUCGAGACAGCACGACUAUCACCAUGAAAAAUUCAACGAAAACUUCGGAGUGUUCGGUUGGUGCGAUUCCUUGCAUGGAACCAACAAGAAAUAUCUCCAAAAAAUACGAAGUGAUAAAAAAUCGGUCAAAUUUACGCAAGAGCCAGAUUCCAAAGAGCAAAAAGAUCGAUAAAAACUACUUAAGCCUAAGAAAAUAACGUGGUACAACUUUCCUUAGUUCGUAAGUCUUGUCGAAGGAAUAUCUCAAAUGUUAUAAAAAGUUAUAAAUAAAGCAAUUAGGUGUAAGGACAUAGUU